AGCAAGGUACUUUUGUUCUUUAAAGGAACUCGUCCGUUAUAACAAAUGGGGAAGCACCGCGUGGCUUUGGUGUCAGACUUCUUCUUCCCCGGUUUCGGUGGAGUGGAGGUGCACAUCUACAACGUCGCCUUGUGUCUCAUGCGUCGUGGGCACAAGGUGAUCAUCAUCACCCGCGCCUACGGCGAUCGAGUCGGCAUUCGCUACUACACAAACGGACUGAAGGUGUACUACCUGCCCAUGCUCGCCGCAAAGCUUCCGCCGGGGUCCGUGACGCUGCCGACGUGGCUCGGUGCUUUUCCGCUGCUCCGCACCAUUUACCUUCGCGAACGCAUCACCGUCGUGCACGGUCACCAGACAACGUCGAACCUGUGCCACGAGGCAAUGUUCCACGCCGGCACCAUGGGCAUCAAGACGUGCUUCACCGAUCACUCCCUCUUCGGCUUCGCCGACGCCGCGUCCAUCAACAUCAACAAAGUCCUCGUCUGGAGCCUGCGCACGGUGGACCAGGUGAUUUGCGUCAGCUACACGUCGCGCGAGAACACGGUGCUGCGGGCCCGCAUCGCACCGCAGCGCGCCAGCGUCAUCCCAAACGCCACCGACACCUCUGCCUUUACCCCGCCGGACGACCUCAAGUACAAGUCGUGGGCCUCGAAGAUCGAUAAGGACGGGCUCACCAUUGUCGUCAUCACUCGUCUUGUGUACCGCAAAGGCGCGGAUCUCUUCGUGGACGUCAUUCCAGAGAUUUGUAAGCGGCACCCCGAGAUUAAGUGGGUCAUCGGCGGCGACGGGCCACGGCGCUCGCAGCUAGAGCAAAUGAUCGAGCGACACAACCUGCUAGACCGCGUGAAGAUGCUUGGGGCGCUGAAGCACUCCGACGUAAAGAGCGUCCUGAACCAGGGUCAGAUCUUCUUAAACUGCAGUCUAACAGAGGCGUUUUGUAUUGCCCUCAUUGAGGCUGCCUGCUGCGGACUCCUGUGUGUCUCGACAAAGGUAGGCGGGGUGCCGGAGGUGCUGCCGUCCCCCAUGCUGCUCCUCGCCGAGCCCGACCCGUCCUCGAUUAUCGACGCUCUAGAGAAGGCCAUCAGCGACGUGCCGCACCACUCGCCGUGGAACUUGCACGACAACUGCAAGCAGUUUUACAGCUGGGACUGGGUGGCGGAGCGCACGGAGCGGGUGUAUGACCGCAUUUCGGAGAUGCCGCCGCUGUCCCUGUAUCAGCGCCUCAUGAACUUCGCUUCGGUGGGGCCGCUGUUUGGGCUGGUGUGUUGGAUGCUGUGUGCGCUGGAUUGGGUCUUGUACAAGCUAAUGGAGUACUGGAUCCCCACGGAGACGAUCGACAUCGCGCCUGAUUUCCCCAUGUUUUCCUACCUUCGCAACAAAGAGAAGAUCAUGCAAGACAAUCGGGCGUAG